GGCAGAGCCUCGGUGAAGCCAAACCCAGAGCAAACAAGUUUCACUUCUCUACCAUGGAGCCUUAUCUGUGCUCUCUCUUUCUGUUGGGGAUCCUGGCCCCGAAGGAGACCCGGGCAGGCUCUCACUCCCUGAGGUAUUUCGACGCCGCCAUGGCCUCGCCCGAGCUCGCGGAGCCCCGGUUCCUUGCCGUGGGCUACGUGGACGACCAGCAGUUCGUGCGCUUCGACAGCCACGGCGCGAGUGCCAGGGAGGAGCCGCGGGCGCCGUGGAUGGAGCAGAUGGAGCCGGGCUACUGGGAGCGGAACACGCGGGUCAAUAAGGAGAACGCACAGAGCUACCGGGUGGGCCUGGAAAACCUCCGCGGCUACUUCAACCAGAGUGAGGGCGGGGUCCACACCUACCAGAGCAUUUGCGGCUGCGAGGUCUCCCCCGAGCUCACCUUCAAGCGCGGGUUUUACCAAUUCGCCUACGACGGCCACGACUACAUCGCUCUGGACACGGAGAGCGCCACGUGGACCGCGUUGGUGCCCCAGGCUCUGAACACCAAGCGCAAGUGGGAGGCGGACAGGAGCCUGGUUGAGAGAGAGAAAGCCUAUCUGGAGGAGAAGUGCGUGCAGUGGCUCAAGAAGUACCUGGAGAUCGGGAAGGAGACGCUGAAGAGGGCGGACCCGCCCUCCGCCAGAGUGACUCGCCACACUGCCCCCGACGGGGAGGUGACCCUUCGGUGCCGGGCCCAGGACUUCUACCCGGCGGACAUCUCCCUGACUUGGCUUCGGGAUGGGGAGGAACAGCUCCAGGACACAGAGUUCAUUGAGACCAGGCCCGCAGGGGACGGGACCUUCCAGAAGUGGGCAGGUGUGGAUGUGACCUCGGGCCAGGAAGGGAAAUAUACCUGCCGAGUUCAGCACGAGGGACUGCCUGAGCCCCUCACCCUGAAGUGGGAGCGAGAGUUCUCCUCCACCCUGGUCAUUGCAGGGGUCAUUGUUGUCCUCAUCAACAUCAUUGCAGUCAUUGCUGGAGUUGUGAUCUGGAGGAAGAAGAAUUCAGGUGGAAAAGGAGGGGGCUAUGUUCCGGCUGCAGGCAGUGACAGUGCACCGGGGUCCGAUGUCUCUUUCCCAGCCAAAGCUUGAGAGAAUUGCCUGCUAUGGGCCUGAGGAAGAAAACAAGUCUCCAGUCCUUGUGUUGUUUCUGUGGACCCCUGGCUUCUCUCCCCAGCACUAGCUCCUGGGAUCCUCCCUGGACUCUACUGGCCCAAGCCCCGGGGAAGUAUCAUUAGGGCCCUCACCCUGUUCUCUAAGACCUCCCUCCCCUGCCUUCUUUUUUUUCUGCCUGUCUCAUUCCACAGGGAGACAACCAGCAGUA